CUAAGGCAACCUCCAUGCACGCCUCGACCGGUAGGUUCCGUCCUGGCAGUCAUGCGCGGCCCAUCCCCUCUUCUUCCAAGAAACCCAAUUGUUUGAAUUUGGCAAGGGAUGGAAGUUUUCUAAGUUUCAACGAUUGGAGACCUAAUAUAACUCACUACUGGGAUCAUUGUUCUUUCUCUCCUCUCAAGUCAAUCAUGCUAAGGACUGCAUCUUCGCUUGUUGACUCCGCAACUGAGUGGCAAGAAUCCUUCUUACCUUUAAUGGAAAAAUUGAGGAAGACAGACGACGACGGCACGACGCU